CCGCUGCGGAACGGAAGAAGAGAGAGGAAACUGAAGCGGGUGUCGUUCUUUGCCCCCGGAUGUGUUUGCGGGAGGCCUGGGACGGUGCACUGAGUUUGAAUGAAUACGGCUGAUUCAUCGCGGCCCGGCUGAGGGGAAAGCGGCACGGAGAGGUUGUCCGGGUUAGGAAGAGGAGAGCAACUCCAACAAAACUGCGGCAGGAAGGAAUUAAAUUUUACCUACACCAGAAUUUGGAGAUCCAGCUGAGAUCAGGAACAAAGUUGGUUAAAGGAACUGAAAGCUAGAAAACAUGGAUAGACUUCUACGACUUGGAGGAGGUAUGCCUGGUCUGGGACAGGGACCUCCUACUGAUGCUCCUGCAGUUGACACAGCUGAACAGGUUUACAUCUCUUCCCUUGCACUUUUGAAGAUGUUGAAGCAUGGCCGAGCUGGUGUUCCCAUGGAAGUUAUGGGGCUUAUGCUUGGAGAAUUUGUUGAUGACUAUACAGUCAGGGUGAUUGAUGUGUUUGCUAUGCCACAGUCAGGAACGGGGGUCAGCGUAGAGGCAGUUGAUCCUGUGUUUCAAGCCAAAAUGUUGGAUAUGCUAAAGCAGACUGGAAGACCUGAGAUGGUUGUUGGCUGGUAUCACAGUCACCCUGGCUUUGGUUGUUGGUUGUCUGGUGUGGAUAUCAAUACUCAGCAGAGUUUUGAAGCCCUGUCAGAAAGAGCUGUAGCUGUAGUAGUGGAUCCCAUUCAGAGCGUGAAAGGAAAGGUUGUUAUUGAUGCCUUCAGGUUGAUCAAUGCUAAUAUGAUGGUCUUGGGACAUGAACCUAGACAAACAACUUCAAAUCUGGGUCACUUAAACAAGCCAUCUAUCCAGGCUUUAAUUCAUGGAUUAAAUCGACAUUACUACUCCAUUACUAUCAACUACAGGAAGAAUGAACUAGAACAGAAGAUGUUGCUCAAUUUACAUAAGAAGAGUUGGAUGGAAGGUUUAACCCUUCAAGACUACAGUGAACACUGCAAACUCAAUGAAACAGUAGUGAAGGAAAUGCUGGAAUUAGCAAAGAACUAUAACAAGGCUGUGGAAGAAGAAGAUAAGAUGACACCUGAACAGCUGGCAAUAAAAAAUGUUGGCAAGCAGGACCCCAAACGUCAUUUAGAAGAACAUGUGGAUGUGCUGAUGACUUGCAACAUCGUCCAGUGUUUAGCAGCUAUGUUGGAUACUGUUGUAUUUAAAUAAUGAUUUGCUUGUAAAUGCUGUUUCCAGUCUCUAAUCAUCCAUUAUUUCAAGCACUGAAACUAAGAUAUAUUUGGAUGUCAGUGACAUCAUUUGCAGUCUAAGAGCAUCACUCUCAACACCUUUUCAUCUCAGUUGUGCAAUUUCUUUGGAUAUGUUUAUAUGUCAGGAUCCUUACGAAUUCCAGAGCAGUUCCAGAACUGAGUUUAAAAUGUGGGUUUUUUUCUUUUCAUUUUAAUAUUUAGAAGAAAACCAGCAAAUUGAUUAUUGCUCUGUAGUUUUUUUAUGUAACCUACUUAGUGUUCUACUAGUGUUAUUCAUGAACUGUGGAGGGUCUGUUGUUGACAAUGCUGUAAAAAGUUCAACAAGCAGAGAAAUAUAUUUCAAUAAGUUGACAAAAUAUGGAUUCCUUUGGCAUGGUUUUUUUUAGUAAGUAUCUCUUCUCUGCAUAGGAAGCACUAAUACAGAGUUGUUGCUUUUGGUGUGGGUAAGGACUAAGCCCCAGAAAUAUUUAAAAGAGCUUUGCUCAGCCUUGAGAUACUAUAGAAAGCUUCUAAGUACUUCUCAGCAAUGAGUUUGUUUCUAUCCCCCACCCCACCGAUUAGAGCUUUUCAGAUCAGAAGGAUGUGGCUUCCAGACAGACUUGAGACUGUGUAUGCAGCCUUUGACCACAGAUCAGGUCUGUUCACCUUAUUGCAAAAUGACUGAAUUGCCUCUGCAAUGCACUAAUAAAAAAACCUGAAAAGUGGUGAUAGCUGGCAUUAAUUUCGUUUUUCAAGAAUUUAUAUGAAUUAAUUUGAGCAGUAGUUUUGGGCAAGCAGGGGAGGAGCAUUUUUACUGCAGCUAGCUUGGACAUCUUUAUGGGAUGAAUCCCUGAAAGGGGGGGAAGCAAGAUAUUGAAAAGAAGCAUGCCAAACCAUCAAAUGCUAUGUAAACAAUUAAUCCUGCUAAAAUCCUGAUAGGCUAAUCAUGAAACUGGCUCAAGCUUCCUGGUAUAGAUGGUUUAAAUUAGGAUGAGCUUUCUGUAUAUUUCACAACCGCUCUGCAAUAUGCAGAAUUCAGCAUCUCAAAGACUUCAGUCCCUUUUUUUUCUUUCCAGUUUUUUUCCUUGCUCUUAUGACUGCAAAAAGCCUUGAAAGCUUAUGGGCAAUGCCUGGUAAAAAAUCUCGGAAGGCAAUGAAAAAGUGUAGUGUACACAAUCCCAGGGUAACAAACCUAUUAAAAAUAAACUUGUCAUAAAAUAUAGAAAUCUUCGUCAACUCAUUCUGUAAAUACAAUUACAAAUGUAUGCUGAGACGUCAAAAUCACAAACAUGCCUUCACAAAUUAUUUUGGGCAUUUUUUUAUUUGUUAAAAGAAACUGAAAAAUACACAUUUACAAUGAUAUCUUAAGGGGGAAAUCAAACAAGUAUUUAAAACAUAAGUAAAGAGGAAACCAUCAAGACUCACUUAAGAGAGGCUUGUAACUGAAAAUAAAGUUUUGUAAAAUGAAGUUUUGCUAUAAUCAAUUCAACAGUGAAUAAAAUAAGACAAAUUUACCAAUACAAAAUUCCAUUUGUCCGGUUUUUUCACUCUUAGAUAAUAUGUAAGUUUAGCCAUUAUAGGAGAUGUCCACUUCUUAAAAAUUUGGGCACUUCAGUAUUUAGCAUACAAGGUUCUAGCAGCUAUUAUCAUAUAUGCUGUCUAUGUAUUGUCUCGAAUACGCAUCAGCAAAAUACAAUCUUUAGCUUUCUGUUUGGGUUAAAAAUAAUUUAUUCUUACAGGAAGAUACUAGGUGAGAGCUGAGCAGGAUUUCCAGUAGUCUGAGGGCGAGACUUCAACACCCCAGUUUUUAUAUCUCAUCUAGACUACUUGAAUCAGAAUAAAUAAUGUAAAAUAAGCAAAUACUCAAACUUUAUGCAGGUUGUAGAACUUGCGCUACUUAGGCAUAACUUUUUAUACUCUUUUCUUCUCUUUUUAAGAAAUACACACAGCCCUGAAGAUGCAAAGGAUUUUUAAUUUAAUUGGAGGCUGCAGGUGAAGAGGACCAUUCAGUCUGGUGGCUCUUCCUUCUUCCUCUGUUAGACAGUAGGCUUCCAUUAUGGGAAGCUGUCAGUGUUCAGAUUCCCCAGUUCCAACCUAGUACUAGAUAAGGUACCUUGGAGUCAGUGUACUUCUGGGAAAUAUUUUCCAGAAGGAAGAAGCUCAUCUAUGGGCUUCAGCUGUCUUGCAGGAAGUUAUGGGAUUAUUAACCUUGAAUUGAAAGUAUGUGAAUCUUUUUAAAUGUAAUCAUUUGGCCUGCUUUUGACAACUGGAUAGAAUUGUUGCCAUUUCUAACCAUUGUUAUCCAAGAUAUCUCCUGGCAUGCAUAGCUUUGGAAAGCAUUUGUCAUCUUUCAGAACUGCCAAAUUUCCUUAUUAAAAAUGUUAAUUAUGUCUCUA